GAAUUGAUUCAUCGUCAUUUCGGUAAGGAUCUUUUGUGUGGGGUUUGAUCGAAAAUUUGAAAGCGAAGGAGAAGGAGAGAGCGAGAGAGAUCGAAGCAGUAAUGGCAGGAACAGCUGGUUUGCUCAAGGCCGUGAAGCCAAAGAUCCAAACGGUGAAUAUCCAAGCCGCCGCUGGAUGGGGAAUCGCCGCCGCAGCCGGCGCUAUCUGGGUCGUCCAACCAUUUGAUUGGAUAAAGAAGACAUUCAUUGACCCACCCCCAGCUGAAGACAAGUGAGAAACCACCAGAAUCCAAGACAAAGUGAAGAUUUUUCCAGUUUCCAAGUUUGUUAUCGCCUCUAUGGGGUGGAGCUGAAUAAUUUUUUUUGGUUCUUUUCUGGGGCAUUGUGUUUUCGUUUCUUCAAUGUAGUAGACUGACGUGUCUUCUCAGAUGUUGUUAUAACACAAGAAAAGCACAUACUCUCAAGUUAUUUGAAAAGAGAACCAAUUUUGCAUU